AUGAAUUUAAGGGAGACAAGGUCGACUUGAGAGCUGGAUUUCCCGCCCGCAGCCCUCCGCGGCGCGUUUCCUGUAGGCUUCUUCACUUUUCCCACUUCCAGGAAAUAUGGACGUCCCAGUUCAACGGAGUAGUACCUCAGAGAUGAAUAAAUCCUUCCCGUGUAUCAGCAAAUGUCACAGCCGGAAGAACGGUCUCGCCAAACUCUGCAAGAGCAGAACGACCCUCUCAGAAGACAGAUGGAGCUCCUACUGCUUGUCUUCGUUGACGGCCCAAAAUAUUUGUCGCAGCAAACUGAGUGGCUGCCGGACCUGCCUGGAGCCUUCCUCUCUGUCCAGUUCGGUGUACAGUACACCCUGUUGCUCUUUUCUGAAUGGACUGGCGACGGGAUUAUCCAGCCUUUCUCUCCCACCACCUGUGUGCAAUCCAAACAAAGCCAUCUUCACCGUUGACGGCCGAACGACAGAGAUUCUCGUUGUCAACGACAAAGCCUGCAAGCUCCUUGGGUGUAGCAGCCAUGAUCUAAUAGGCCAGAAACUGUCCAUGCUGUUUACUAAGACCAACAACGAUGUAGUAGAAGCCGUGAGUGAGGAGCAUAUGGAAUUGGAUGGACAUGCUGCCGUGACUUUUGGCACAGUGGUGGAUAUCACUGGUCGCAACAACGAGAAGAUUCCUGUGUCGGUGUGGAUGAAGAGGAUAAAAAAUGAGUGCAGUCACUGCUGUAUAGUUGUGCUGGAACCCGUGGAGAGAAUCGCUGCUUGGGUCACCUUUCAAAGCGACGGAAGGAUAACAUCCUGCGACCACCGCUUUGCUGAACUCUAUGGUUAUACAUCUUCGGAGGAAGUCGCGGGGUUACACAUCGCAGAACUGAUUCCUGCUGUACAGAUUCCUCCUCCUGGCAAGAAAAUCCCAAAGAAUCUCAAAAUUCAAAGAACUGUUGGGAGAGCCAAGGAGGGCACUACCUUCCCCCUGAGUUUAAAACUGAGACCCAGGGUCCCAGAAGGAGAGCCAGAAGAGACGAAAACAGAACACCCCUCAGACCAUUUUUUCUCUGCUUCCAUCUGGGUUUUCACCACCAUCAGCGGCCUCAUCACUCUUCUACCAGAUGGAACCAUCUAUGGCAUCAACAACAGUUUUGCCUUGAUGUUGUUUGGCUAUGAAAGGGCAGAGCUGAUAGGGAAGAACAUCACGUUCCUGAUUCCUGGGUUCUACAACUAUAUGGACCCCAUGGAUGACAGUUCCUUGCCCUUGGUCCAUCUUGUUGACUGCCUAGAGAUGGGAAGUCCGAGUAGCGCUGAGGAAAGGAAGAAAAGCCAUGCAGGAGACUGGCAUCUAGCUAGCAGCGCUAAAGUUGCGGAGGUCAACAUUUUCCCUGCUGGAGAUGAGGUCCGAUUCCAGAAUGAGAAGCCGAAGCUUGCCGGAUGCGAAAGAGGAGAGCUGUCGGUUAGGGCUCAGACCCGACCUAGGGAUGGGGGUCGCCUUCCUUCAGAUCCUUCGUCCCCUCCAGGAAUAUCUGCAGCAGGCGUGGACAGCCUCACUGCAAAGAAUCUACCAACCCAUGAUGAACCGCCUCUGUCUGAGAACCAGCAGAGUAGAACGUCUAAGGAGGAGAAUACCACACAUCCAAGCCUCCCUGAUGGACGUUUUUCAAAAAAAACUGACACGAAACCAUUGGUUUUAGAUUCAAGUUUCAAAUUCUCUGUGGACCUGAACGAAGGUUCUUUGCCCAUCAGAACUCAGCCUAAGGACAGAAAGGUUGGUGUUCACGACCUGCUUCCCAAAGCACAGCAGGAAUCGGUUGACAGUGGAAAGACCUCAGAACAUCACCUAGGUGAAAUAUUGGAAAAUGAAGACUUAGAAGACCUUCAGGCGUAUUCCAUAAAAGCUUUUACUCCAUCCAGAAAAGAACAGGGUAUAGGAAGUGGGGCAAAGGACUCAAUUAGUCCUCCUUCUAACGCUUCUUAUACCUCAUUUGGAACUCCCACUCAAGAUGAACCGUGGCAGGGGAUGAUGAGCGAUCCCAGACCAGCACAGAAGACUUCGGCGAUCGCAGAGCAGUCGGUAAAACCAAACUUCAUUUACACCGUUGGAAACUCUCGCUUUGAAUCCGUAGCAGAUCCAUCGUCUGUGUGUGACGGGAGAGACAGUGGCAUUUAUAGUGGUCACGCAGGACUCCCUAUAGAUUGUAAAGCAUUGGGUGCCACCAGUAAUUCUGAAGAGGUGGAUGGACCGGACAUUAAGGUGCACGCUAUCUGUGGCGACCUUAAGGAUUUGGAUUUGAAUGUCAUUGAAGAAGCAGUUUCAGACAAUUGCUCGUGUGCUACUUCAGUAGUCUUAAAGCCACGCGCUUCUUCUGUGGGGGACACCGAUACAAACGAGGAGACUAUUUCCAGUCGGAUGUUUGACGCCUCUCGAAGGCCUGAAUCGUUAAAACUGACCGACACCUCUUCAAGUGAGAGUCAAAUUAGGCAGAUCAGUGACAGUUGCUUGGGAGAUGAUGAGGAGGAUCCUUCAGAGGUUUGUAAGAGCUUUGAAGAAAGUGAAGGUGAGGGCCUGCUCCAAAACAGUGACCAUCCAAAAGCCGUGCAGCAGAGACCGAAAACUCAGGCAACAUCCACCCCCGUGAAGACUUCCAGUGAGCCGACGGCCCAAAUACCUGAUGUGAAGUCUGAGAUUUUGGAAGGUAGUUAUAUGGGAAGCUGCUAUCACCGAGAUGGUGCUAGACUCAGUAUGCAGUUUGAAGUGAAACGGGUGGAGUUGAAGGACCCCGCGGCCUUGUUUUGCUGCUGGGUGGGGAAAGACUUCUUUCAAAGUCAUAAAGAAGCAACAGCAAGGACUCAGCUUUUCCUCUCCAGUUUGCCUAGUUCAUCCCAAUCCAUAGUGGAAGUUUCUGGAUUUGGCCUAGGAGAGAUAAUGAGAACAAAGCGAUGGUUUGAUGAUCCCCCCAGAGUUAUGGAGAUGGAAAUAUUGAAGGCUUGUGAGGGAGAAUAUUCAGAGCAUUACAAUACCCUCAAUCCCAUUGGCAGUGGCGCCUUUGGCUUUGUCUGGACUGCCAGGAAUAAAGAAGAAAACAAAGAGGCGGUGGUGAAGUUUAUCUGGAAGAACAAGAUACUAGAAGAUUGCUGGGUAGAAGAUCCUGAAUUAGGAAAAGUUACUCGCGAGAUUCUAAUUCUGUCAGAGAUUCAGCAUCCCAAUAUAAUUAAGGUUCUGGACGUAUUUGAAAAUGAAGGCUUUUUCCAGCUAGUGAUGGAGAAACACGGAUCGGGCCUUGACCUCUUUACGUUCAUCGAUCACCAUCCUAGUCUAGAUGAGCCAUUGGCAAGCUACAUGUUCAGACAACUGGUGUCAGCCGUAGCCUACCUUCGGUCCAAGAACAUCCUCCACAGAGACAUUAAAGAUGAGAAUAUCAUCAUUGCUGAGGAUUUCACAAUCAAGCUGAUCGACUUUGGCUCAGCAGCCUACAUGGAACGGGGGAAAUUAUUUUAUACCUUCUGCGGAACCAUAGAAUAUUGCUCACCGGAAGUACUCAUGGGAAAUCCAUAUCGGGGGCCUGAGCUGGAGAUGUGGUCACUUGGUGUUACACUGUAUACUUUAAUAUUUGAAGAGAAUCCUUUCUGUGAAUUAGAAGAGGCCAUGGAGGCCGUACUAAAUCCACCUUACUUUGUAUCAGAAGAGUUAAUGAAACUUGUAUCCGGGCUUCUGCAGCCUAUUCCGGAACAACGCACAACCCUGGAAAAGUUGUUCAAAGAUCCUUGGGUGAUUCAGCCGGUGAACCUGGCUAACUACGCUUGGGAAGAGGUGUUCCCUUUGGCUAAGCCAGGAGGUAGCCAUCUCAAAGGACAAGCCCUUCAUUCAGCACCAGGCCUCAGUCUAGAGCAGAGACUAGACGGCAAAACGGAUCGGUCUUCUACUCCUUUGGAUCAAGAAUUGUGGAACUGCUUCACCUGUCAGGGUGACACCCCUUAGGAGCAGGUUCUGCCCAAGGAACGAUAUUCCUAGCUGAGACUGAUGAAAAGUAGCCCAUCGCUUACCACCGUCUUUAGGAAUAGCAGGAAUUACUGGUUUUAAAUAAUUUGUUAGCAUUUUAUCCCCUUCACCAGUAAAAAUGCACUCAACUAGUUGCCCAGAUGAAUGGAAGUAAAAGGCCUGUGUUACAGUAUUCAUUUGCAGUUACAGGAAUGGUCUUUGAAUUCAAAUCGGUGUCAAUUAAAAAAAAAAAUCUACCGUUGAAGUAUGGUGUUCAGGCGUUUUUCAGCUGAGCCUUUCUGAGUAGUGUGGUUUUUAUGUCCCUGUUAUUGCUGGUUUGUAAUUCUUUUCCCCAUUUUAGUAAAUUUUUGUGCUUCAUUUAAUCUUGCGGUUAAACUGUCUGGUUGCAGCUGCAAGAGUCAAGCUCCUUCUCUCCGUUAUGAGUGAAGAACAAAAGAGUACCUUUAAAAAUCUAAGUUAUAAUAAGAAUUUCAAAUUAGUGGGAUUCUUGUACUUGACUCCCUAUAUGACAUGCAGAAGGGACACAUCUUAUAUCAAAAACUCUAUUCUCUCUCUGGGUAAAUGCAGUAUAACUGGCCUUUCUGGAAGACGCCUGCUCUAUCUGCCCAACAGCGAGAAUUAAUACAAACUAAAUCUUAUUGGAUUGGGGUCUCCAAUAAUUGAGCCAACUUCACACUGUCAACGUUACUCAUGAAAACUUUUCUCAGUUACUGUACUCUUUUGUGUUGGGUUUUAACUUUUAAAUGGCAGUGAAGACUUUCUGGAUGCCCUUUUAAUUAUCUACUACCUUGCUCCUUAUGGUCUCAAAUUUUGUGUCGAAUAUCUAUUUUUAAA